AUGGCACGCCAAUCGCCCCCCUGGGGGUACCGAUGGCGAUCGCAGCGCCUCUUCAUCAUUGUCACGGUAGGCAUCGGCCUGUUCAGCGACCUCUUCCUUUACGGCAUCGUCGUCCCCGUCAUGCCCUUUGUGCUGCGCGACCGUCUGGGCAUCGACGACUCCGCCAUCCAGACGCAGACGUCGCGCCAGCUCGCCGCCUACGCGGGCUCCUCGGUGCUCUUUGCGGUGCCGGUCGGCUGGGCCGCCGAUAGAUUCGGCUCGCGCAAGUUGCCCUUUGUGGUCGGCAUCGUGGCGCUGCUUGCCAGCACGGCGAUGCUCUGCGCGGGCACGACCCUCGCCGUCCUGCUGGCGGCGCGGCUGCUGCAGGGCGUCUCGGUGGCCAUUGUUUGGGCGGUCGGGUUUGCCACUCUCCAGGACCUCGUCGGCGCCAGCGAGCUGGGCCGCGUGACGGGCUCCAUCUUCUCGUUUGUAUCGGUGGGCGAAUUGUUGGCGCCGGCGCUCGGGGGGUGGCUAUACGACUCUGGCGGGAUGAAGGCCGUGUUUACGCUCUGCGCUACGGUGCUGCUUGUUGAUCUUACCAUGAGGCUGCUGAUGCUUGAUAAACUGGAGAUGGAAAAGUACAGAGUGGUGUCGGAUCUAGAUGAGGAUGAGUCGGAUUCCAACUUGAGCGAGAGCACUACUGCGCAAGGCUGCGUCGGCGAAGACGACGAGAGCUCGCCUUUACUUCGGCGACGUAACGAGCUAAAAAGCUGCGAGUUCAGAAUACCUGAGAAUGCUGGUUGGCUGGCGCGCAACCUCCCUGUGCUGUUCUGCAUGCGCAACUCGCGGCUCUCAAUGGCCAUGGCCAUCGCCCUUGUGCAGGGCAUAGUUGUCGGUGUUAUUGACGCGACCGUGCCAAUCCAGUUGACAAGUCUCUUUUUGUUCACUUCCAACCAAGUUGGCAUGACUUUUGCCUGCAUGAUAGUGCCACUUGUCGGAUUGGGCCAGCCCGCUGGCUGGGCAGUGGACAGAUACGGCCCAAGGGCGCUGGCGACGACGGGAUACGCGCUACUGGUGCCUGCAGUUGGCCUUUUCUCCCUGCCAUCGCUUGAAAUACUGUCUGACGCUGCCAGACUGCCAUUCUUUUGCGUCGUUCUGGCACUCAACGGCGUGGCGCUUGCAUUGACGGGUCCAAUCAGCUAUGUCGAGGCCGGAAGUGUCAUAGAGUCGUACCACAUGGCCAAUCCUGGUUUUUUUGGCAAGCACGGGCCGUAUGCGCAGCUUUAUGGAUUCAAUUCGCUGUUCUUCUUUGGAGGUUUGGCCAUUGGACCGCUGGUUGGUGGCUGGCUUAGCGAAGCCUACGGCUUCCACGUUAUGGCGCUUGUAUUCGCUGGCGUCGCCGCGGUCAUGCUUGCGUUGGUUUUGGGACUUGUUGGGAAGACUUCGGCGGAGGUGUUUUGUAAGAAUGACGAGUAA